GCAAGAUCAGAGCCGGCGAAGCCGGAACUUCCUCUAGUAGUGAUUUUCCGGUAAAUAAUUAGAUGGUAAAGGCUGAACAGUGGCAGGCUAUGAUAUGAGUAUUCGCUUUGCUCAGGUAAACCUUGCGCUGGAGCGAGUAUGUGCAAGAUGAAGGUCGCCGCCGCCUCCCCUCCUCGCCAACCGCCUGCCGUAGGCAGGCCUCAAGAGCUACUAUAGAUAGGAUUUGACGACGCUUCGUCUAUCCCUUUUGAUAGUCUCUCGGGGGCAGAUGUUGGUGGGGCUUCGCAGUGAGGGAUCGAACCCCUUUUGACAUUCCCUUUCUUUUCCCCGCCCAUCACAGGCACACCCACAGGCCCAAUGGCCGAGGAACCUUUUGCUAUGUUCGCCCCCGGACGCGUCCUCGCUUUGGACACCAAUGACGGCCGACGCCUUAAUUUCACUGUCGACCGCCUAUUCACCCCGGUCACCAAGAGCGUCGUUGUCGUCGCGCGCUGCGAUCAGUUUGGUCCCAGCCUGGUAGUGCUCAAAAUAUACGACCCUCGCUUCAUCAACGAGCGCAACGGGCACGAGAGCAAGUUUGGGUGGAGCAAGCCCCCACGUCCGUGGUCUCUCGCCGCCGAGCGCGCCGCGCCAGCCACAUUCGACUCCAAGGCGAUCUAUCUCCCCGAGCCACCGGCGGACGACCUUGCUGGCCAGUUCGAGCGCGCGGCGAUCUGGGAGGCACACCUACGCCAGGUGAUGGAUGAAUCAUUCUGGUACGAGCGCGCGGCGUACCAUAAUUUGCGGGACCUCCAGGGCGGCGCUAUCCCGCGCCUGCUCGCAGAGGGCCGCUUCAUCCCGCCUGACAAGCGCGCAUACGUGCCGCAUUCGCUCGUGCUGGAAUACAUCGAGGGCGUCACCCUUGGCCAAGCACCGUUGGAGCUGUUGACGCCAGCCGUAGGCGUUGCGCUGGUACGCGCCGUCGAAAGCUUUGCGGCACACGGCGUCUUCCACCAUGACCUGAACCCUGGCAACGUGCUUGUCACGGCCGAUGGGCGCGGCGUUAUCGUGGAUUUUGGCUGCGCGGGCGUGCGCAACUCGGAGAACGUGUGGACGGACGAGGACUGGGCACAGCACAUGGACGCGGUGGACGAAGGGAAUGCCAUCAGGUUUAUGUUCCAGCGGAAGGGCGUUGAUUGUAGUGGGGAGUUAAAGCCAAGGUGGCGCCAUUUCGACGUCAGAACGGGAUCCUGGGCAGACGUGGUGGAGGGCAGUGAGGCCGUGAAUACUGGGUCAGUUGGCGCGAGCUGAGACGGGAGGUUUAGGCCCUCCUUCGUUCAACAGGGAGGUUCAGGCGCGAGUUGACACGAGAGGUUCAGGCGCGAGAUGGGACAGGGAGGUUCAGGCCCUCCUCCGAAACGCGACCCAGCCGAGUAGAUUGGCGCGAAGUCCCGGCCCUCUCGCCAUCCCAUCGCCGACCCGACCGGUUUACUGCCGAUCCGACCGUCUUACUGCCGCUAGGCAGCUUCCCUGACGGACUGCCGCUAGGCAACUUCCCUGACGGAAUGCCGCUGGG